CAACUCUCUUCAUCAGUUUCUCGUCCCUUACAAACAUCAAAAGCACUUACAAAUCCAGAAAAAGAGUAAUAUCCAAAGAGAGAAGAAAUGGCAAGUUUGACUCUGGGCUCCGCAAUCUCCAAGUCGGGAAAGUUUGUCUCAAUGCUCACAAGGACGAGCGCCUUUGAUCGUCCUAAUCUGUUUUCCGCUUCAGGCCGAAGGGCCAUUCAAGCAAGUUCGCAUCCAGAGUCUUCAGUGGGAGCUGAAGCGGUGGAUACUAUUAAACACGGGGCAGAUGAAGCAGUGAAAGCUGGAGAGAACAUCAAGAGCCGGGCUGCUCACACUGCACAAAAUGUGACCGAGAAGGCCAAGCAGACAGCUGAGAGUGCAUGGGAUACUGCGAAGGACACGGCACAGAAAGCCAAGGACACGGUGGUAGGAAAGGCCAAAGAUACCUCGGAUUCCAUCAGAGAAAACGCUGCUAAAGUCGAGCGCUCCAUGAACACAAAGAACUGAUGAUGCUGAACUUCGCUGUUCGUAUUCAUCAGUUCAUUUACCAGUCCACCAAGUUAUGAUGAUGAGGCAUUGAUCUUUAGUUCAGUUGCCUCCCUAUUGAAUUUCUCGAGUUCUACGUUUCUUUUAGGUUCCCCUUCUUUUCCUUCUGUGGCAGUAAUCUGUUUGUUCUUUCUGAUCAUCAGUUGACAAUGAGCCAAGUCUUCUCGCUCCGUCUCUGAUGAUUAUGUCUCGAAUUAUUAUGUCACAAUAAAGUGUUUGGUUUAGGGUUCCGUU